AUGCUCCUGAAGAUGCCCAGCAAGGACCCAAUUGCCUUUAAGGCCCGAGAUCCGCAUUCCGUAUGGAAGAGAAAGUGGGUGCAUUGGAUUGGCUGGCUAGUCUUUGUGGUUACAGUUGUUGAGACAUUCGCACAUCUCGCUGCUCGUCCAGACAUAUCUCUUCUGCGAUGGCUCAGUCCUCCAAGCAGUUCACCUGUCCUUCGACCAGGACAAUAUCGGGAGACUGGGGGCUUUCAAAACACUCCCAACAGUCAAAAUGAAGAUGAGAGUGGGGUGAGUGAUAUGGGGAGCCUUCAUGACGUGAGAAAUAAGCAGUUCUACCUAGGCGGAACUCUGACUCUCACGAGUUCUGACCCUACGAUUCCCGGUUCUCCCCACCCCAUUCCCUCGAUCUAUGAUCCCUACCCACUGUACAACAGCAGAAAGUGGCGACGGAAACAUCAUGGCCACUUCAAAGCUUGCUUGGGGCCUCGGGGUCGUGAUCUCGAUCGUAAUCAACCGGAUGAUAUGGUCAUGGUAUACAAGGGAAAGCAAGCCGGGUUUCCGCCACCAAGUUUUGGCUCACACGAGGCAAUGGAUCUGGAUGGAGAUGUAUGUACGGACCGAUACUCUCGCUUCGGCGCAUAUGGCUACGAUGACGAGAAUGAUGAUGAGAUUCCAGGUUUUUCUAGGCCGCCACCGGUGAAUUGGUUCGAGUUAGACUGGUACAAUCUGCAAGCUCUUUGCUAUGAGAGAAACGCAGACCGGUAUCGGCAUGACUGCUCGAUGAACGAGACGGGCCAACGACCUCUCUCCUUUGAACUGAGAGAGCCGCCGAGAAAGCCCUAUGAAUCGGAUACGACGUCUGAUUCCUCGAGAGGGAAACGUCAUCAGCCCCGGUCUGCCGUUCUUAUUCGAGCAUGGGAUAGUAUGAUCUGGACCGCCAAUCACCGUGAAUACCUUCGUGCGUUGAUAAUGGAGCUGUCGUUGCACUCGGGCGGGGAAUAUGAAGUGUUCCUGUUGGUUCAUGUCAAGGAUGAUGAUCUCCCAAUUUUCUCAGACCGAAAAACGAUGGAGAAUCUUCGGAGAUCUAUCCCAGUGGAGUUUCGGAACAUUGCUUUGUUCUUCAACAAUAAAUUGUUGGAGGCGUGGUACCCCAAAAUCGAGGAGCAUAGCCCAAAACUACAGCACCACCAAGCACUGCAGAUAUUUUCACAAUUGUAUCCUAACUUCGAAUACUACUGGCAGCUCGAGAUGGACGGUCGUCACACGGGACAUGCUUACCACUUUCUUGAAAGAUCGGCUGCAUUCGCAAAGCAGCAGCCUCGUAGAUACCUAUGGGAGCGAAACGCCUAUUUCUACACUCCUGGUGCUCAUGGGCUCUGGAAGAACUUUACUGCAAUGGUCAACGCAAGCCUCGCCGACAAGCCUGAAGCCACAGUCUGGGGCCCCGUGUAUGGAACAGGAAUUCGACCCCUGGGCCCUGAGCCACAGGUCGAGAGUCCCUUAAAUGAUAGUUUCACUUGGGGCGUCGGCGAGGAAGCUGACCACAUCACAUUUCUCCCUAUCUUCAACCCAAAAGACACGCAAUGGACCUUCCCCAAUGAAAUCUGGAACUUCAAAUAUGGUAUUGAGACGCCUCGUCGAACAGCAGUUAUCACUAUGGGCCGGUACUCCCGACGCCUCCUGGACUUGAUACAUCAUUCACAAGCCACGCGUGGCCUGGGUCUUGCAUCAGAAAUGACGGGUGCCUCCUGGGCACUCUUCCACGGCCUCAAGGCUGUGUAUGUUCCGCACCCGAUAUACGCGGAUGGCCAGUGGACGCCGGAGGAGCUGGCAAGAAUUUACAAUCGGGGACCGCCGGAGAAUAUCAACGGUGGUCCAGAUAGCAUCUGGAAUUGGGAUCACGUCUAUGAUCACAUCAUGUAUCGCCUUUCAUACAUGUUUACCACGCAUACGGGGGAGAAUUUAUACAGGCGAUGGCUUGGCUACCGGACUGCAGAGAAUGAAGGUGGCAAAAAAUCCUCUGAAGCUCGCUUUGGCAGACCUUGCUUCCCAUCGAUGUUCCUGCAUCCCGUCAAGAAUACCGAUCGACGGAUUGGACCGGACAGAGCUGUUCCCUGA